AUGAGUAAUUUUGAUGAGGAAAAUGAAAUUGAUUUGAUUGAAGAAGAUUUACCUAUUUAUAAUGAACCAAUAUUGUAAUUGAUCUAAUUAGAAAAUGAAAUCCAUUACGAAUUUUUGGAUGAGAUUCAGUUUAGACAUCAUAGUAUUUAAUUUGAGGAAGAAGACAACUCAAGAUUAUUUCAAGUUCCAAGAAUUUAAAUGGGAUUAUCAUCCCCUAGGUAUUUUUGAGUUCAAAAAAUUAGAGAAAAACCUUAAAAUAUUUAGAAAUACCUUCAAAAGCGUACAAUCCCAAUAUAAAACCAAAAAUUUGAUCCAAGACUCCCUCAUAUCAAAGUAACCUAACUCCGAAAUAUGAACACCUGUCAAGAAUAUUUUAUUAAUGAGUUCGGGUAUACAAUUAAUCAAUAUAAUUAGACUUUUAGAUUCUCAAAAAAAUACUAAUUCUGUAGACAUUUUAAUUGGUAGGUUAUUUCGGUAAAAUAAGGACAUCAUCCCAAUUGACAUAGGUAUUAAUUGAUAAUUAAUAACUCAAUAGUCUUACCAGAAGAUAGAGUUAUAUCUAGAAUUCAUUGUAAAAUAGUUUGCAAUGAUUAUUUCAGAAAGGGUUAGAAAUUGGAUCCAUUACAUGCUAAAGUGUUACAACUAAUUUAAAUGCCAUCCAUGAUAAAGUUUAGGAUUAGCUAAUUUUUAGAGUAGAAUAUAUUUCUAUUAAAAUAGAAAACCAAAAAUAGUUUAAAUACAAGAUCUCGGUAGUAUGUGUGGCACAUAUUUGCGAAUCUUUAAAUAGAAGCCUUGUUUACUUUAAAAAGAUCAAAAAUUUAGCGUUGGAAGUGCCACUUGGUUUAAUAUUGUGUUCAAUCAUACUUAUAAUUCUGAGUUAAAACAAAGAGAUUCUGAAUGGUUUAGCAUAAUCAAACACUUAAUUAAUUUGAAACAAUCCUAAAAACAUGAAAUUCAUAUGAAUGACAACUAGCUUUUAGCUAAUAUUUUUGAACCUCUUGAUUCCAUAAAAAACCUCACAGUUAGUGAUCUUUACAAAAAGUUAAGUGAAUACUAAAUACCCAUACUAGUUGUUAAACUCUAGGGUCAAGGAGUCGAUAUUAAUAAGGCCAUAAACUUAUUUGUUGGAAACUGUGAGACAGAUACUACCGACUUUUUUGUAGGGAGAGGAGCUGAAAACAAUGUUAAGAUCAAUUCCAAUACAAUAUCAAGAAAGUAAUGUCGAAUUAAGUAUUCUCAAAAGUAAGGGACUAAUUUAAAUUAGAUAUCCAGGAUGGAUAAUAAACGAUGGAUUAGAAGAUAGAGAAUCUGCUAAUGGUACCUGGAUUAGUGUUCAAACUGCAGAAUAAUAAGAAUAGAAAAUUGAAUCUAAUUUAAUUUAAAUCCAACACAAUGAUGAGAUAAAGAUAAGUGAUUUUAUUUUAAAAAUGGAACUCUUUAAGGGAACAAAAGAGGGGAUUGGACAUACAAUUAAUAAAUUUCUUCAUGAUUGAUUAUUAUUAAUUAAAUAAAAAGUGAC